AUCUUACAGAUUAUGUAAUUUAUUUAUGCCAUCAAUCGCUGCGUUAAUAUCCAGUCUUUCCUUCAGCGUACAUCCCAUACAUACAGAAGCGGUGACAAGUGUUGUCGGCCGAGCCGAGACACUCUCAUCAAUAUUUUUUUUAUUAGCAUUUCUGGCUUAUGUCAGGGCAACCAAACACAGGACCAAAACAGAGUGGCUGUGGUUUCUCCUAUCCAUCACAUUAGUCUCUAUGGCGACCCUCUCUAAAGAACAGGGCAUUACAGCCAUUGCUAUCUGUGGUGUCUAUGAAGUAUUCAUCGCUCAAAGACUAAAUCUUUCAAAUAUGAUUUUUAUGGCUCAAAACCUAAUGAUGUCGAAAGCCUCGCCGCCCUCUUGGCUCAGGGAAUCGUUCCUAAGGCUAUCGGUUCUCUUCGCCACCACUUGUCUCAUGAUUAUGACUCGAAUCCGAAUUAUGGGCUCACAAUUGCCUGUCUUUACGAAAUUUGACAAUCCGGCCAAUUCUGCGCCCACACCUGUCCGUCAGCUGACAUUUAAUUUUUUAUUGCCAAUGAAUUCGUGGUUAAUGUUAUUUCCCGACGGCUUAUGCUGUGACUGGACUAUGGGUACGAUUCCGUUGAUUGAAUCGUAUUUAGAUGUUAGAAAUGUGGCCACAAUUGCAUUUUAUUUAUUCUUUGCGGCAUUGAUUUGGAGAGCAUUCCUAUCAAACAAUACAACUCCAAAUCAUGUUCUCAUCAUAAGUCUGGCAUUCAUUGUAUUCCCUUUCCUGCCGGCGUCUAAUCUCUUCUUUCCCGUCGGAUUUGUGAUCGCAGAGCGUAUACUAUAUAUGCCAUCAUUUGACAAGACUAAUGUCUCCACAAAUAAGUCGACCGCAAAAAAGCGACUUUUAGUUUUGAUUCUUGUAUUUGUCCUAAUUUUUCAUUCAAUCAAAACGUUUAUUCGUAACUCUGAUUGGGAAUCGGAAUACACUAUAUUUAUGGCCGGCAUUAAAAUCAAUAAACGAAACGCUAAGCUAUACAACAAUGUGGGCCACGCUUUGGAGGGCCAACACAAAUACACCGACGCUUUGCAGUACUUCCUGAAAGCAGUUGACGUCCAGUCGGACGAUAUCGGCGCUCAUAUGAAUGUCGGCCGCACUUACAAUAAUCUCCAUAAAUACGAAAUGUCUGAACAGGCGUUCAACAGAGCCAAAGACCUACUGCCCCGACCGCGUCCGGGCGAGCGAUAUCAGGCACGGGUAGCGCCGUCUCAUUUGAAUGUAUUCCUCAAUUUAGCGAAUCUGAUCGCUAGGAAUAAAUCACGUCUCGAAGAAGCGGACGCACUGUACAGACAGGCC